UGCAAAAAAUUUAUUGGCCGAGACCCCGCGCACAUAACGGAGAGAGAGAGGAUUCUGAUCAAGAUGAACCUCAAGGUAAUUGCUAAGUUUGAGAAGAACCACCCGCACUUACCAAGUUGUUCUCUUAAUCAGAUACUCCAAACUCUCCCACCACCUAACAUCAACAGUAGGGCAAACUCUUCCAUAGUUCAACCCACUGUUGAGAACCCUGCAGAGGUCAGCAAGUCCACCACCGACAGCAAGGCCACUCCGGCUGUUGUCCACGCGGUGACACCUAAUGCUGGACCUGCUGGGUCAUCUACCCCAAAAUGCAGGGACAGGAAGGUCAAGAAGCCGGAACCUGUGAUAGCUGCAGCCUCGACAGUUCCAACGGAGGCCGACACCCCUUCGCGCUCGGCGUUGAAGAGGGGCCGGUCUACGGAGGAACCACACCCUGAGGCCAAGAAGGUAUCUAAGGCCCCGGCUUCUCGGCCUUUACCUACAACUUCCACCUCGUCUGUCAGCAAGUCGCUUGUGACCAAACCACCCCCAACAGGCCCUUCAAGCUCCAAGCCUGAUAAGGCCCACAAAGGAGAGGUCAAGUCACAAACGGCAGGCCAAGCAGGACGAAAGAGGAAGUACUCCCAGACGAUCUACCCGGACAAUCUACGAGUAGCAAUCAUUGACAGGGCUGAACCGGAAGGUAAAAUCAGCGAUAGUCGAUGGCUGCUAUUCGAAGAUCGACUGAGGGAGCUUGUCUUUACGGGAGAGGGUGACCCACGAAGGAUGCAGUUUGGCAGCGCCACCCUUUACAGAGGCGCGAAAGUCAUGUGCUGCGAAAACCAGGAAUCUAAGGAUUACCUAGUCACCGCAGUAUCUGGCUUCCGUGACCUAUGGCAAGGAUGCGAUCUGGCGGCUGUAUCCUUAAAGGACAUCCCCUGCCGUAGAGUAUUGACAGCAUGGGUGCCACCACCAUCUGUGGAUCCGGCACGCAUCCUGACAAUACUAGGCAAGCAAAACCCCAACCUCAAAACAGACAGCUGGCGUCUUGUCAGUUCUACCACUGAGGGAGGGGGCCUGGUCAUCAAAGUAUCCAUGGAUAAGGAUGGCCAGGAGUAUCUUCAAGCUCGUGGGGGAAAAUUGCACUUCGGCGCCGGGUGGAUCCGCUUCCGGCUAACGCAUUAGGAGGAAGGAAGCAGCAGCUACUCAAUAUCAUGCAGAUUAAUCUGCAUCACUGCAAAGCAGCUGCUGCUGAACUCCUCCUAUCCCUCACGAGAUCUGAAGUUGACAUAGCCCUAAUCCAGGAACCCUAUACAUACAAUAAUAGGGUAACUGGGUUAGGGAGUGGGCAGUAUGUCACUUACGCGGUCUCCAAUGGUGAUAAGCAACUACAGUGGAGGAGACGUCACGGUAGCGAGAAUGGAAUGCAAAUCCGGGAGGGUUCUCUUUUUCAUUUCUCUCUACCUACCGUAUGAGCGACCUGACCCACCCGGCCACGAGGUAGAGGAGCUGCUCGACGAUCUGGUCAACAACGGGCACAUAAUUAUAGGUUGUGAUGCCAACGCACACCACUUCCAAUGGGGCAGUACGAAUACUAACGUCAGAGGAUGAACACAAUGGACCUAUAGGUCUCCGAGUGGAGCAGUUGCUAAAUGCAGCUGCGCGUCCUUUAACCUAACCUAACCAUGG